GGUUUGUUAUCAAUGCCACUGAAUAUUGCACGGCCUCUCUCAAAUCAUCUUAAGAGAAGCAAUUCACUUUCCGUUUACCACUCCAGAUCUGACUUGGAAUGUAUCUCGAGUAGCCUAGCGCCUUGAUCUUUGACUCUUCCUCUUCCUUAUAAGCUCGCACUUAAUCUUCUCCAGAGACUUUCUCUCCUCAAUCAAGGCACUCAUUUCAUUUACCAUUCGGAACAAUAAAAAGUCACAUUUCCAACAUUGAUCAUUUCAAUCACAAAAACUCACCUCUUCCUAUUACAAGGUAUUCUCGUUCAUCAAGUCUUCAUUUCCCCUCUCACGACAUGUCUCGUCUCAACAGCCUCGUUGUUCUCGUUAUCUCCAUCUUCUCGCUCCUCACUACUGUCAUGGGAAAUACCUUGCAAUUCCUAUCGCGCGAUUCCAACGAACGCACCAUCUUUUUCACCCCGAAUGAUGGCUCUGCUGGAAUUCCCAGCUUCUUUGUUCCGGCGAAUGCUGUGAGCACCAAUUCAGUUGUUCACUUUCCCCAAGGCUGGAGCGGUUCCUUCAAAGCUGUUCUUUCGGGAGAAAAUUCAGACGUCCCCAAAAUCACUGGUGAUAUCACAUUCCAGGGCUGGCAAGGAGAAACUUAUUAUACUGUUUCUGCUGUUCAGAAUUGUUGCGAUAACUCGGGUAUUCGAACUCUAGCUCCCAAAUUUGACAGCCCUACAUCUGGUUGCAUUCAAGCACCAUUUCCCUGUACUGAGUCGUACUCCAAACCUGGUGAUAUUCAGGUCCAGAGCACCCCGGCAGUAGAUUUUAUGUGUUUCUUAGGUGCCGUCUAGUUGGUGUCAGUUUGACCGGAGUCAAUCUUAGUAUCAAAGUACCUCUCGAGGAACAGUGAAUACACAAAGAGCUCAAAUUUGUGGUAAUAUGGAGAACAUGAAUCUGGCGGGAACAGAAAUCUAUCAGUAGUCACGAGUGGCAAAGGUGGCAUCAUAUGGCUGGCUCCAAUAAUGUAACUCUCUUUUCAAUCUUCCGAUAGCAUUGCAUAGUUAUAAAUCAAGGAUUUGCA